GUGCAGAUAAAUAGUUUAACUUGCAAAUAAUUAAAUAAUUAUGUAAUGCACUUAACUCCGAAGUCCUGCACAAAGAGGGACAUGCUUCUAUUGUUGAGUCAUCUUGUCUGACCUGUCAAAGAUGGAUGAAGUGAUGGAUUCUCAAAAAAGUGUGACUUCAGAAGUCGAACCAGAAGCUGCCAACAAUGAUGUCCCAAAAGCAUCCUUAACAGAUGGAGAAGAUGACCUGUUUUGUGGACCCCAAAAGAAUGAAACUACAGAAGACUGUGCACUAACAGAGAAAACUCAAGAUGAGGCUGCAUCUCAGACUCAGAUGGACUGUGGGUCUGCAGCUGAGCUGGAUGAAUCUGCUCUUGAAAGCAGCAGAAGUCACACUUCUCAAACACCAUGUUCUAAUGGGCAGAAAUCUAAGAGGCCCAGUUCGCCUGGUCCUCACCUUGUUAAAGAAACCUGUGUUGCUGCACACUCUCCAAAUCCAAAACUCACCCUCUGUCUUAGUUAUAGCCCCAGGAAGGGUGUAAGUACACCCAGUGAUGUGGAGAUGCUGAGUCCGGACAGCCCCGUCAGUAAAACCGUGUUUGUCAACAGCUCUGCAGACAAGGAUCAUGAUGGCAGUGGUUGUGCAGAGGACUCUAGCUUUGCAAAGGAACCUCAGCAGUUUGUCAAAGACUCUGACUCUGGAUGUUUGGCCAAAGAAAAAGUCCACCAGGGUGCUGUGGGAACUGCGGUUAAUGACAUAGCUGGAAACAGUGGCUCAUCUGAUAUGAGCCAGCCAGGUGCACUUUUUGAAAG